ACACCUUAGUAGCUCUACAAUUGAAGAAAAAAAAACACUAUGGAUUCUUUAUCUAACUUAGAAUUGUCCUUAGAAGAAUCCAAUAUAGAGAAGCCACAUAAUUUCACCCACCUACACUUCUAUUUCCAUGACACCCUAGAUGGUGAAAACCCAAAUACACUCAAAAUUAUCAGUCCACCUAAUGAAUCAUCUCAUGGUGAUUUUGGAUCCACUUUUAUUAUAGAUAACCCUUUGACCGAAGAAGAAGAUAUAAGUUCAAAACUUAUUGGAAGAGCUCAAGGAACCUAUGCUUUGGCUUCUAAACAAGGUGAUUUAGCUUUGAAAAUGGAUGUUAUUUUUGUUUUUACAGAAGGUAGCUACAAAGGGAGCACUCUUACUAUGUUUGGAAGGAAUGCUAUUAUGGAUGAAGUUAGAGAAAUGCCUAUUGUUGGUGGUACUGGUGUCUUUAGGUUUGCAAGAGGGUAUGCUUUGGCAAAGACUACUUUGUUUGAUCCUGCUUCUGGAAAUGCUAUUGAGGAAUUUAAUGUUAAGAUUUAUCAUUAAUAAGGUUAAACAUGUUUCUAAUAUCUAUUUCAAUUAAUAAAGGAGUUUUUUCUUAAGGCAAAAUAAAAUAUGUUAUUGAUUUUGUCAUAUACGACAAUGAAUAUAACUUUUAAAGGGAUUGAUUUUGUCCCUAAAUGCAUAGCAGUUGUUGUCUGUUUAUCUGUUAUUUCCGUG